AUGAAGGCGAGCGAUGGGGGAGAGAAGAAGACCAUGUGCUCGCUCGACUUGGAUAACAAGGACGGGAGCGGGCCGACGCUGUGGAGUCCGGUGACGGACAGCGUCGAUAGGACGAUUAGUCAGCCCGAGGAACGGGCGCUCACGAGCGUGGACGAGCCUGAAGCCGACUGCUCGGACGAGAGUUCGCCCACGUUCUGGACGGACAUCUGUCACAAGUUUGCCCCCGAGGAACAGACGGAGUACGUCAACUUACAGCUCAAUCCGGAGCGCUGGACGGGUUACAACGGAUCCCACGUGUGGCGCGCGGUGUACGAAGAAAAUUGCCUAAAGUCGGCGUCAAGCGUGGAUGAAAUGUGUUACGAAGAACGAGUGCUGUAUCGUCUUCUAUCGGGCAUGCACUCGAGCAUUAACAUUCACAUCGCGCUUCACUCGAAACCACCGAAAAGAGCUCUCGGAGAGACCGAGUGGGGGAGCGAUCCGAAGAAGUUUGUGGACAUCUUUGCCAAGCAUCCAGAGCGAUUGAAAAAUUUACACUUUUCAUUCGUGGUACUCCUGAGAGCGCUCAGAAAGGCGGCUCCUGCGCUGGCUAAGAUGGACGUGCGCAUGGGUCAAGACGCGCACGAAGACGCGCGAACGGAAGCGCUCAUGAGUCGACUGCUGGAGAGUCACAUUCUUUCGUCAUGUCGAGACGUCUUUGGCGCGUUCGACGAAAAGUCCAUGUUUCGCGACGUGCAGACGACGCUGAGCUCGACAGUGGGAGUUGUUGGCGGUGAAAACAAUCAACUCGUCACCCCGAUAUCGCUGAAGAGCCAAUUCAAAGAUAUUUUCUUGAACAUCAGCGAAGUCAUGGAUUGCAUCUCGUGUCAAAAGUGUAAGCUGCACGGGAAGCUACAACUAUUGGGUUUGGGCACGGCUCUGAAGGUUUUACUCAUGCCCGAGGAUAUUUUGGACUCACAGCUUAACAGACAAGAGGUCGUUGCGCUCAUCAACACCAUAGCUAAGUUUAGCCACGCGAUUCGGAAGGUGCCCGAACUCAUGAACGCCGCUCGGCAAGAAGUUUUGAAUAGCAACACUGCGGAUUCGAACGCGGGAUUCGUUCUAAGCGAAGAACGCACGCGUGUUCGAAGUCCCAUGGAAGCGGCCAUUGCAGCUGCAGCGGUGCAUGUGAAGUCGGGUGUACUGCCGAUGAAAUCUGAAGAAGCGAUUGUGAGCGCGAUCCUCGAUGAAAAUCCGAAGUUGAGCGUUCUCGCGAAGUAUUACGCAGAGAGCAUGCCGCGCAAAUUCAUCGAGCACGCCCUUCGAGCGCUCGCUCUGCCUCCGCUUAGAAACGGUAUCAGCGAUGAGGAACCCGUCGAUUUGGUCGUCGUCGGUGGUGGUCUCGCUGGCUUGACUGCGUCGUUGACCGUUUUGGAUCGAGGAGGUCGAGUCACGCUCGUCGAGAAGGAGUCAUUCGUUGGAGGCAAUUCGCAGUGGGCGUCAUCUGGAAUCAAUGGUGUGAUCAAAACUUCGACUGAAGAAAAUCCAGACAGUGUCGAGGUGUAUUCCGACGACUGCGAAAAAUCUUCAUACGGGAAUGGAAACGGUCGCGACAUGCUCGACCCUGAAACCGUGGUGCACAUUCCGACGUUGACAAGCAAGGCGGGACAAACGAUUGAAUGGUUGCGUCAACGCGUCGGCGCCGAUCUCAGUCUCCUUUCUAGACUCGGUGGUCACAGUUACGCCCGCACGUACCGACCAUCGGAGGGCAUGGCUGGAUCAUCUCUGGUGUUUGCUUUGAAAGGAAAGUGCGAGGACUACCUUCAAUCAGGACACUUCAAGAUUGUCAAGAAGGCGAGAGUGACGAAUGUUCUCACGAAUGACCAAGGAGACGUCACCGGAGUGCGCUGGGCGCCAUCUGAUUCUACGCAGGGCGGUGGUGAGGUCAAGGGUCGUCACGUUCUACUGGCCACUGGCGGAUACUCAAACGACAAGUUUGGUGACGACGCCUUGCUGAGCAGGUACGCGCCUCAACUCACAAAGUUUGCGACGACAAACACCAGAGGAACAACGGGAGAUGGACACAAGUUAGCAUUCGGCCUAGGAGCGGGCGCUGUAGACAUGCAGCGCGUGCAAGUACAUCCAACCGGUUUCAUCAAUCCGCAAGAUGAGCACGCGGAUACCAAAACGUUGGCAGCCGAGUUGCUUAGAGGAGCCGGAGGAAUUCUUCUCACUCGUUCGGGAGUUCGAUUUGCAAACGAACUCGGCACGCGAGAUUACGUCAGCGCUCGCAUGCAGGAAGAAGAUCCGGAGAAGCUUGAUUUCGUGCUGCUUCUAAAUGAAAAUGGCGCAAACGAAGCCAAUAAGCACGUUCCCCUGUACGUGAAGAAGAAUUUGAUGACCAAGUUUGAGACUCUAGGUGGUUUGGCGACGUGGAUGUCCGAGCGAGGAGACGCUACCGAGGAGCAGUUACGGACGAGCUUGGAGAGAUACAACGCCGAUGCGGAAGCGGGACGAGAUGCUUUCAACAAAACAUUCUUCGCCAACGCGCCAUUCGAUAUUUCCGGCCCGUUUUACGCUGGAAGAGUCACGCCAGUCGUGCAUUACACGAUGGGCGGCGUCAAAGUCGAUUCAAGCGGACGUGUUCUCAGAACAGAUGGAUCAACCAUCCCGGGUCUAUUCGCGGCGGGAGAGAUCAUAGGCGGUGUGCACGGAAAAAAUCGCCUCGGUGGAAACGCGCUCACGGAGUGCGCAGUUUUCGGCCGCCUAGUCGGGACGAGCGUCGAAGUGGACUCUCUGAAAGCGUCCACGGGAGGUGCGACGCUGCCGUUAUCAACUUCCGAAGCGUAUGUGAAGAAGGAUAUCAAGAUCACGAAAGAAGAGCUCGCGAAACACGCGGCCAAAGAUGAUUGCUGGGUAGCCCUGUACGGGAAAGUGUACGAUUUCACCGAUUUCCUCGAGGAUCAUCCCGCGGGUGUCGACGCGAUUCUACGAUACGGUGGUUCCGAUGGAACGAAAAUUUUUGAGGCUGUGCACUCACGAAACAUGCUGGACGAAUUCGAGCCGAUCGGCACGUUGAUAUAG